UAAGACUCAAAAAGGAGAUUUUUUUUUAAAAAAACUCAGCCAAAGAAGAAGAAGAAGAAUAAUGAUGCCCAGAUGCUCUGUUCCAUCCAAAGAGGUUCAGGUCUUUCAGAGUUUGAAUGGACUUCAACAACUCGCCGAAACGCGUCGUUUCAAGGCAUGGUUUUUAGAUCAAUUUGGAGUCCUUCAUGAUGGAAAACAACCUUAUCCGGGAGCAAUUUUGACAUUAGAAAAGCUAGCAAGGACUGGUAGCAAGAUGGUGAUUAUAAGUAAUUCCUCAAGACGUGCGUCAACCACCAUUGACAAGUUGAAGAGCCUUGGAUUUGAUACCUCUCUUUUUGUAGGAGCCAUCACUAGCGGAGAAUUGACACAUCAAUACUUGCAAAGGAAAGAUGAUGCGUGGUUUGCAGCACUUGGAAGAUCUUGCAUCCAUAUGACUUGGACUGACCGGGGUGCUAUAUCUCUCGAGGGUCUAGGCUUACAAGUUGUAGAGAAUGUUGAAGAAGCUGAGUUUAUUUUGGCCCAUGGAACUGAAGCCUUGGGUCAUCCUUCUGGUGCUGCAGUUCCCACGAAACUUGAGGACCUUGAGAAAAUAUUAGAGCACUGUGCUACCAAAAGAAUUCCCAUGGUGGUAGCAAAUCCUGAUUACGUGACUGUUGAGGCAAGGGCUUUGAGUGUAAUGCCUGGUACUCUAGCAGCCAAAUAUGAGAAGCUUGGGGGUGAAGUGAAAUGGAUGGGCAAGCCUGAUAAGAUAAUCUACAAAGCAGCUAUGGCAAUGGCUGGUGUGGAUUCUUCUGAUUCUAUUGCUGUGGGUGAUUCUCUCCACCAUGACAUCAAGGGUGCAAAUGAGGCUGGAAUCCAAUCAGCUUUUACCACUGGUGGAAUUCAUGCAACAGAACUUGGAGUUGCUAAUUUUGGAGAAGCUGCAGAUUUAUCUUCUGUGCAAGUUCUUGCAUCUAAAUAUGAUGCUUAUCCCUCAUAUGUGUUACCUGCUUUUAUAUGGGUUUCCAAUAAAGAAGUUUCUUUCUCAGUCAUAAGAAAUUAUGUGGAAUCAAAUUCAACUUACUACACACUCAAGAGCAUGACUGGACUAAUGACUGCAUGAUGUGUAGCACCUUUGACUGGUCAUGAUUUUUUUGCUUGUGAUGGCGAUAUCCUGAUUUAAAUUUCAGGUUUCAGUUGCCUUGAUUGAUUCCUGAGUUCGAAGAUAUCUUUCAUUUUUUUUUUACGGGGUAUUUAAGUUAGGGUUCAUAUUAUAUUGUGCUUCAAAACCGCCGCUGAUGUACAAUGGUUUGAAGCCACUCUCUAUUACUGUUGAAUUUCUGGAUUUAUUCAUGCUUGAAAGUUUUGUGUAUCAAAUCACAAGGCCACAUGAGCAUGGAAAGAACGUGGUUAUUACUGUUGAAAUUAUGGAUGGGUGAGCUUUUUGUAUGUAGUUUUUCCUUUGGGGUUUACUAGAAUGGGCUGAAGAUGCCAUAUGAAUUGUGAGUUUAUUUG